AUGGCAUCCGUCCACCUGGAUGCGGCGACCCCGGAGGAGGCCUGCGGCGUCGUCGUCGACCUGUUUCGGCACCUCCUCUCCACCCUCGGGGCGCUCCUCGCGACCACGGCGGGGCAGCUGGCCACGCAGGAUGCCGCGUCGUCGAGGUCCCUCCCGGCCAUCGGGAAGUCGCUGCAGCGGCUGUGGUUCGAGACGCCGUGCGGGGUCGGCCGCGACACCAAAGAGGAGGCCGUUUGGCUCUGCCGCCUGAUGGCCGUGCUGGAGGGCUCGCGCGCGGGCAUCCUGUCCUUCUACGGCGCCGGGCUCCUGGUCUGCGACUGCCUCGGGGCCUUUGCCGCUGCCGCCGUGGGCGAGCCCGGGAAGCCAGACGGCGCGGGGCUGGACGAGGCCUGGCUCGCCGGCGUUUGGCAGGCGCAGGAGCGGUCCGCCCCCGCCGACCGCCCGCAGCCGCCGCCGCCGCGCCGCCGGGUGAGGUCUCGCGGGGUCUCGCGGUCCUCUCGGGCUUCUCCGGUUUGA